GCCCGGGGCGGGCGCGGGGGGUGGGGGCUGCCCAAAAUUCCCUCGUGGCCUUUCGUUCCUCCUUGGUAAGGAUCCGGGACUGCAGGUCCUCACGCGCACUCUCUCUCCCCGUCCCCCUCCCCCACGUGCACACAUACCAGGAUUUUGAUCACAGGUGCUUAAGUCUCCAGAUCAACACCCCACCACCUCUGUGGAGUGCACAAUCCUGCCUACAGCUGUCUCUCACAAGGAGCCAGCUCCCCUGGAGGAGGAGGCAUCAGAAAGUUUGUGGCAGUGGAGCCUGUUGGUCCACGCCUAUGGGCCCAGCGCUACAGCAGACUGAGGCAGAAGGAUCGAAACCUCUAGUUCAGCCUGUGUGACUUAAUGAGAUCCUGUCUCAAAUUUCGAAGGGCAAAAAACAAAGGAUCCAGACAUGUAGCUCAUUAUCGAGAGUUUAAAAUAUGUUUGCGUCCCUGGCCGGGGCUUGAAAGUCUCUGGAAGUGUGGGCUACAGUGGGUACCCCAUACCCGAACAACCUAUUAUUGCAGCCUUCCUCAGCCUCCCUAAGGGCAGGAACCGUGUCGUGUUUGAGCUCUAUGGUCUCCGCCCCGACUGAAUGUAAUAAAGACAACCCAGACAACGGGAGGGCCCUUCUCUAGCUCAACUGGAAAGUUUUUCCUAAAUCCCCUCGCUCACUUGGAGUCCGCUCUUCCCUUUCCAGGAGAGAACUGGGGAUAGGGUCGUCUCCUUUAAGGGCCGUGGGGGAGGGGGUGCCGGCCUUGCCUCCUUCCGCGCCUCCCUGGCCAGCAUCGCGCCGGGCCGGGGGUCCGGGCCUGGCGCCAGCGCAUGCGCCCCGUCUGUGGGCGCUGUCCGGGCUGCGAGCUCCUGGAGCGCACAGACAGACUGACGGAUGAACGAACUGGCGGCGGGCCUGACAAACGGGGCAGCGCAGGGAGCUGGGUAUCGGCAGGACGGCGACAUGAAGGGCCACAGCCAGCAGCCUAGCGGGCGCAGGAACCCCGGCCCUGCUUCCUCGCCUUCCCCCGGCCCGGGCCCGGGCCCCGGCGUCUCAGAACGGGUGGCACUCAAGAAGGAGAUCGGGCUGCUGAGUGCCUGCACCAUCAUCAUUGGGAACAUCAUUGGCUCGGGCAUCUUCAUCUCACCCAAAGGUGUCCUGGAGCACUCAGGCUCCGUGGGUCUGGCCCUCUUCGUCUGGGUCCUGGGUGGGGGCGUGACAGCUCUGGGCUCCCUCUGCUAUGCAGAGCUGGGAGUUGCCAUCCCCAAGUCCGGCGGGGACUACGCCUACGUCACAGAGAUCUUCGGGGGCCUGGCUGGAUUUCUGCUGCUCUGGAGUGCUGUGCUUAUCAUGUACCCCACCAGCUUGGCCGUGAUCUCCAUGACCUUCUCCAACUAUGUGCUGCAGCCUGUGUUUCCCAACUGCAUUCCCCCUGCGACAGCCUCCCGAGUGCUCUCCAUGGCCUGCCUGAUGCUCCUGACAUGGGUCAACAGCUCCAGUGUGCGCUGGGCCACACGCAUCCAGGACAUCUUCACAGGCGGGAAGCUGCUGGCCCUGUCAAUCAUCAUUGGCGUUGGCUUUGUUCAGAUCUUUCAAGGACACUUUGAGGAGCUGAGACCCAGCAGUGCCUUUGCCUUCUGGAUGACACCAUCUGUGGGUCACCUGGCCCUGGCCUUUCUCCAGGGCUCCUUUGCCUUCAGUGGCUGGAACUUCCUUAACUAUGUCACAGAAGAACUGGUGGACCCUCGAAAGAACCUACCUCGUGCCAUCUUCAUCUCUAUCCCUCUGGUCACCUUCGUGUAUACGUUCACCAACGUCGCCUACUUCACAGCCAUGUCCCCACAAGAGCUGCUGGCCUCCAAUGCAGUGGCCGUGACCUUUGGGGAGAAGCUGCUGGGCUACUUCUCCUGGGUCAUGCCUGUCUCCGUGGCACUUUCCACUUUUGGAGGGAUCAAUGGCUACCUGUUCACCUCCUCCAGGCUGUGCUUCUCUGGAGCCCGAGAGGGGCACCUUCCCAGCCUGCUGGCCAUGAUCCAUGUCAAACACUGCACCCCUAUCCCUGCCCUCCUCGUCUGUUGCGGGGCUACAGCGGUCAUCAUGCUUGUGGGAGACACAUACACGCUCAUCAACUAUGUGUCCUUCAUCAACUACCUCUGCUACGGAGUCACCAUCCUGGGCCUGCUGGUGCUGCGCUGGAGGCGGCCGGCGCUCCAUAGACCCAUCAAGGUGAACCUGCUCAUCCCUGUGGCAUACUUGGUGUUCUGGGCCUUCCUACUGGUCUUCAGCUUCAUCUCGGAGCCCAUGGUCUGUGGGGUCGGCAUCAUCAUCAUCCUGACAGGGGUGCCCAUUUUCUUCCUGGGAGUGUUUUGGAGAAGCAAACCAAAGUGCGUGCACAGACUCACGGAGUCCAUGACGCGCUGGGGCCAGAAGCUGUGUUUCGUGGUUUAUCCUCAGGGCUCCCUCGAGGAGGAGGAAAAUGGCCCUUGCCAGCCCUCCCCACUGCCCACAACGGACAAGUCCUUGAAGUCACAAUGAGAUGUUUGUAGACACCGAAGCAGCCGUUUCUGUUUACAUGUUGUUUAUUGAGGAGGUGUUUUGCAAAAAUUUUUUUUUUUUUUUUUAAAGAUAGGACUCUUAGAGGCCUGUCCUAAGGAAGCCCUGGCAAUGUGGACACGGCUUCCUGUCUUAGCACUGCCCUGCUAGCUUUUCCUGAAAAGGCCUACGAAUAAACAGGGCUGAUUGUU